CUGAAAAAAGAAAAAUUAGGAGCGACACGAAUGUGUUCGGAAAGGGAAAUAUAUACGUACUCGACUCUCACUAAUUCUUGAUUUCUUUUUCUCCCCGCGAUUUUCAAAGGCUGGCACCACGAUCAAGUUCUCUUACCAGUCCCUUCCGCGACUCUGAACUUCGUCUUCUCGCUGGAGUAAGGGGCCAGAUCUCAACAAGAGGAUGGCUAUCUCUCAUAAACCCUCUGUCCGCUUCUCCAUCUGCAGCCUCCUGAUGGCCACCCUCUUCGCAUACUCAGCGUCUGUUCAGUUGAAUGAUCCAGAUUGGUAUCUGUGGUUCCCUCUCUAUGCAUUUGCUUUUGGCAUUCAUCUGCUCCAGAGCAUCAGAAUCUUUGGGAGGAGCAAAUGGGUGGCGGGUAUCACCUUUUGUAUGGCCCUAUUCUUGUUCCUCAAGGUAGUGUAUGAGGCUUAUGCUUACGGUGGAUUUGGUGAGGUUGCGUCGUUGGACAUGGAGAAGAGAGUGGUGAGAGAAAAACUGGGGAGUGGCUUGGUGCUUAUCUCCAUGUUCUUCCAGUACAAAGCAUCGGAUGUUGCAGAUAGUCCUGUGAGGGUAAGGAGGGAGCAAAUUUGGAAGACGAUCGAAUACGGAAUGCUGAUGCUUGUGGCUCUGAGCUUUGGACUUAGCGUGACAUUCGUUGUGUUGGUCAAAGAAAUUCAAGGGUAAUUUCAGGAACGGUUGAUAUGCGCUGGAAGAAAUUUUCGAGUGAUUGAUGUGGCUGCACAUAGCAAAAGAUUCAUAGUCCUUUCCCCAGAUACGAAUGGGGAAGUAAGAGAGAGAGGUUGAUCUUUUGUUUGUGUUGGAAUAGCUACAUGUUCAAGUCGGUUGAGGUCUUGCACAGUUUCUCUUCCUGGACUGUAAUCCACAUAUUUGUUGUAAAUCAUAGUAUCUGACAUUUUUGUAUGUUCACAUAAUAUUAACAAGGUUUCGUUGAGCGAA